CGCCGCCGCCGCUGCAGCCGCCGCCGCCUCUCUGACGGCUUCGACAGCUUUGCCACCUAUUUCGGAAGGGUGCUGCAGCGGGUCCAGGAGGGCCUGAGCCUCUCGCAGGAGGCCGUGAACGUCAUGGAUUCGUUCGUGAAGGACAUCUUUGAGCGAAUCGCCGACGAGGCGGCGCGCCUGGUCCGCUCCAGCAAGCGCUCCACCCUCACCUCCAGAGACAUGCAGACCUCCGUGCGCCUGCUGCUGCCUGGGAAGAGGGGCAAGCACGCCAUAUCCAGCGCCACCAAGGCAAUAAUUCGGUACACCACCGGCAAAUGA